CGCGGGGAGUUUAAAACGCAGCGCUGCAGCAUCAGCAACAGCGAGUGUUGUUGCUACUAGCGGCCCGUGCCGCGCCAGCACAGCGCACACCCGGCAUCGGCGGCAUGGUUAAUGUGUCUCUGGCCGAGCCGUGAGACCGGGGCACCCGGAACAGGGAUCCCACGAACUUACCCGGUGUAGUUCUCUGAAGAUCCCGCUUAUAAAGCAGUGAGGCCCCCGUUAUUAGCUGGUUUCCCAUGAGAACAUUUGGAUCUUGUUUUGCUCCCCUGCACAGAAGCAUGGGGCGGAAACGGAGUAUUACGGUUGGUGGCGCUUAACAGACGGGAGCCAUCUUGUGCGCACUGCAGAAGUUACAAUGUGCAAGAUAAGCAAUACAUGGAAAUAUGGCAUUCAAGGAUUUAUCCCAAAAACUACAACCGUCUGAACAUUUCAAUUAUUCAUCUCGCCACGGAUUCUUCCACAAGGACUCAACAAGUGCAUAUGAAACCAAUGGCAUAAUAUGUCUAUUGCAUUGAAUACUUACACUUUCAGGAGCUGGAAUUUAGAUAGUAAAUUCUGGUUGGGGUGGAAACCAAUCUUGUGGGAUGUUUUUGUAUUUUGACGUUAAGAAUAAGAAAUGUUCCCAUAGGAAAGUGUGACAAUCAUAAAAAAAAACAUUAGGAGUAUAUUAAAUAAUACAUCACCAAGACAGAUGAUACGCCAUACAAGAACAUCACUCGACUUUAAUUAUUUAGGUUUAAUAUUCUAUUUCAUAGACAUUCACAAGAAACCUAAUAAUGAAAGAAUCCUAGAUAGUGUAUUUGGCGGUUUCUUCUUUUUUUUUUUUACAGCUAAAGUAACCACAACUAACUUUAGCUGAGAAUUAGUGUGAAUUAUAAGCUUUGAACUUUUCUAAUCAAACUUUAGUUUUUUGUUUUGUUUUUCAAUAUGUCAUUUAGUGCCACAAUCCUGUUUACUCCACCACCUGGGCAAAAUAAUGACAAUUGUGCAUGCAAGACUGAAAGUACGCAGGGUGGUUCAGUGUCUUUUGAAGGAGCUACCCCAAUCACAGUGGGUGGCCAGGGUGUUUCCGUCCAAGGUUCUGAACAGCUUCUACACCUUAUCUAUCAACGGGUUGAGAAGGCAGUUGGACUUGCUGAAGCUGCACUAAGUGUAGCCAAGGCAAAUAGUAAUCUCCUCAGUCAACUCCAGGAUGAAGUGAGCAGUCUGAGGAAAAUAAACGAGGAGCAAGAGAGACCAAAGUCUCCUCCAAUAGAUAACAUUGCAAGAUGUAAAUUAUCAGAUGAUGAGGAGGUUGACGAAAUUGGAGGAGUGCAGGUUGUCAUCGAAGAACUGAGACAGUUGGGGGCAGCAUCUGCAUCAUUAGUUCCUGGUCUCCAUCCACCAGCUGUGGACAGAACAAGGGAAAGCUGCUUACCUGUGUGUCCUCCAAAUGAAGCUCCAUCCCUUCUCAGCCCUAUGCAUAUGCCAGGCAUUGAUGACUUUUUAAACUCAGAGCCUCCUGCCCCAAGGAUUUUAGCCCAAAACUUUGUGAAGCAGUUGGCUGACCCUCGAUCUCAUAGGGAUCCAGUGGAAACGCUGAAUGAGCCAGCUCCUUCAAUCAUGAAAGCGACACAUUCCCAUCUCCUGAUACAGAAGGAUGGGUCCCUUAGUCCAGGUGGCUUGAUUAUGGCCGAGUCCUCUCCAGAUGCAGCAGACAUCAGGCCGCCAACUUCACCACCAUCAUUUGCAUCAUUCUUUACUAGCUCUCACAGUCGGCAGCGUAGCAAUGGCCAGAAAAACUCCAGAAGAAAACGAGAUCUUGUUUUAUCCAAACUGGUGCAUAAUAUUCACAAUCACAUCUCUAACAACAAGCGCUUUAAUGGCUCGGAGAGCAUAAAGUCAUCCUGGAAUAUUUCUGUUUUAAAGUUCUUGGUGGAGAAGCUGAGACAAGAGCUGGUGUGCAGUAUGCAGCAUUACACAGACAAAGAGCUGAAAGGUGCCUGUGUUGCCUACUUUCUGACAAAGAGGAGAGAAUAUCGAAACUCCAUGAAUCCUUUCAAGAGUCUGAGAGAGAAGGAAGAGAAGAAGUUGAGAAGUCGUCGAUACAGGCUUUUUGCAAACCGAUCGUGGGGUGUGCAGCAGUUUCCGCCAGAGGAACAGGCCCUGUGGGAAGGGGUGACAGAGGAGUUAAUGUCUGAUGAAGAGGACAGUUUGUCUGAGCCAGGUGUCUGGGUCGCCCGGCCACCUCGUUUCCGAUCACCAGAACUCUCCAGGCUAUGUUAUAGCAUUGACUCACACUCUAAGCAUGGCAAUAAAACAAAUCGUGUCUAUGGUGCUCCCUCUGACCGAUUGCCUUCCACAGAGAUUCAGCUUCUACCACUGCACCUCUACAAUCCAGACUGGGAAAGAGAGGUAGAUGAAGAGGAGCUGACAGGGGGAGGGAGGAGCAGAAAAUCUUUUUGUCCGGAUCUAAAUGCGUUUAUACAGAUUAAAGUAGAAAAAGAUGAAUGAGAGAGGACUUUAGACAGCUAUUACAUACUGAUUCUUUAGAUGACAAAUUACACUGUGAAGAAAGGCUGCAAGUAAUGGAACUGAUGUAUGUGUGUGCGUGUGAGAGGGUUCGUGUUCAAACAUUAAUAGUAGAUGUUUUUGUGUGCACAGUGUAGGUUCAGCAUACCUCCUAUGUCCACAAUAAAGUGUUAUUUUUAUUUAAA